GCUCAGGGACCGGGACGUGUCAGCUGAGUGGAUUCGGGGCUGCCACUCUGUCGGAGGGCACGGGAACCCGGGUUCUCAAGGGGUGUCCGCCUUGUGUGAGGGUGCGGGUUUCUGCACGUGCUCCCUCCCUCACACACUGACACAGUCCGUGUUUUAUGAGUGUGUGCGCGCGCGCCCUGAGAAGAAGCCAUCACUCUGACACUGACCACUUUGCGCGCGCACACACACUCAGUGUGUGAGGCAGCGCGGUGAAAAGAGUACAUCGCGCUUCGUCACCGUUCAUUCAGCGGGUCUCCAGUCCGACACCCCCGAACUGCCGCGCUGCUGGCCAGGGCUCCCUCACCCCACCGGCCUUUCUCUUUCUACACACGUUUUGUGCUCUUUUUCGCGCAGCGUCUUGUGAAUGAGCGUGGACUGGAGCUGUGGGCUCUUCCCGCGGGACGUUCUCUGGGAGCUGUACCCUGUUUUACUACACCGAACAAAGGCUGACGUGAAGCAGAGGAGCCCGUCCCCCUUCGCGUGCCGGACUCGCGAUGUCGCACCGUAAUUUUCAGAGGCCCCACCGCGCAUGCUCCGCUCAUAAGUCAUUUUCAUCCUCGUUAAUAAGCCUUGUUCGUUCUAUUAGCCGUCGCAGGACAGCUGGGGCGCGCUCGCGCAAGGCUGCGCGCGCUCACAGUGCGGUCGUCCUCGCGUCAUGAAACGUGGACUUUUGCAGUCGUCCGGCAAAGCGGGCCAGGUGUGGGCGCCCGAGGGUUCGACUGCCUUCAAGUGCCUGGUGUCGGCCCGCUUUUGCGCAGCGCUGCUCAGCAACAUCUCUGACUGUGACGAGACCUACAACUACUGGGAGCCGACCCACUACCUGCUGUAUGGCAAAGGGAUGCAGACAUGGGAAUACUCCCCAGCCUACGCCAUACGCUCUUACGCCUACCUGUGGCUGCACGCCCUGCCCGCGUACUUCCAUGCCAAGAUCUUACAGACCAAUAAGGUGCUCGUGUUCUACUUCCUGCGCUGCGCGUUGGCGUUCGCCUGCUGUGUGUGCGAGCUGUACUUCUACAAGGCGGUGUGUAAGAAGUUCGGACUGCACGUAGGCCGACUCAUGUUGGCCUUCCUGGUCCUGAGCACAGGGAUGUUCUGCUCCUCAGCAGCCUACUUGCCCAGCACCUUCUGCAUGUACUGCACUGCGGUGGCCAUGACAGGCUGGUUCCAGGACAGACCUUCUGUGGCCAUUCUGGGGGUGGCGGCUGGGGCCAUUGUGGGCUGGCCGUUCAGCGCUCUGCUGGGGCUGCCCAUUGUCUUCGACCUGCUGCUGCUGAAACGCAAGUGGAAGAGUUUUCUCACUUGGACUCUGCUGGCUGUGUUGCUUUUCUUGGUCCCAGUUGUGGCGGUGGACAGUUACCACUACGGCAAGCUCGUGAUCGCGCCUCUCAACAUCAUCCUCUACAAUGUCUUCACUCCUCACGGUCCAGAUCUCUAUGGCACAGAGCCCUGGCACUACUACUUUGUGAACGGCUUCCUCAACUUCAACAUAGUGUUCCUGCUAGCUCUGCUCUCCUUGCCGCUGACAGCGCUAAUGGAGGCCCUGCUGCAGAGGUUUAAUGUGCAGAACCUGGGUCGGCCCUACUGGCUCACGCUCUCGCCCAUGUACCUGUGGAUGCUGGUGUUCUUCACCCGGCCACACAAGGAGGAGCGCUUCCUCUUCCCCAUCUACCCCCUCAUAUGCCUGUGUGGUGCUGUAGCUCUCUCCUCCCUACAGAAGUGUUACCACUUCCUGUUCCAGCGUUACCGCCUGGAGCACUACACCAUCUCCUCCAACUGGCUGGCCCUGGGCUCUGUAUUGCUGUUUGCUGUUCUGUCGCUGUCCCGCUCAGUGGCCCUCUUUAGAGGGUACCACGCCCCAUUAGACCUGUACCCAGAGUUCCACCGCAUUGCCAAGGACCCCACCAUACACAUGGUCCCCGAGGGCAGGCUGGUCACUGUGUGUGUGGGGAAGGAAUGGCAUCGUUUCCCUAGCAGCUUCCUGCUGCCAAACAACUGGCAGCUCCAGUUCAUUCAAUCGGAGUUCCGAGGCCAGCUUCCUAAACCCUAUGGCCCAGGACCUCUGGCCACGCAGAGCAUCCCAUCCCACAUGAAUGACCAGAACCUGGAGGAGCCAUCCAGAUAUGUGGACAUCAAACACUGCCACUACUUGGUCGACCUGGAUACUGCCAUUGAAGCCCCAAGAGAGCCACGGUAUGCUGCCAGUAAGGAUGAGUGGACAGUCAUCGCCUACAAGCCCUUCCUGGAUGCCACACGGUCAUCCCGCCUCCUGAGGGCUUUCUUUGUGCCGUUCUUGUCUGAGCAACACACCACCUACAGUAGUUAUGUUAUCUUGAAACCCCGGCGGUUGAGGCAGUCCAAGAAACGGACACAGCCCUGACACCUGUGGCCCCAUCUCCUUCCCAGCGAUUGCUCCCUUUGAUAAUCCUCAGCCCAACCUUCUUGUCUGGCUCUUGCUUCCAGUUAGUCUGCUGUCCACCCCCAUUCCAUGCGUAACACUUGUGUUGAUCCAGUCAGCUUUCCCAAGCAUCUGCUGUUGUGGUGUUUGCUCUGAUGCCUGCAGCCAUAAUCGACCAACGCUCAGGUCUGUCAGCGUACAUGAAGGCAUUACGAAGGCAUUACAAAGGCGAUCCCUGACUGUUGUCCAAAAGUGCAGUGCUCAUUAUGAGGCACUUGACCAAAAGCAGAUCUUAGGAGGAGCUGCUUGGAAACAGUGAUGUCCCUCAUUACCACCAACAUGACUUCUCUGUAUCUUGGUGAACAGGGGGUCCCCCAAAGAUUCUAUUGCCCUUUUGUAUUCUUUCCUGUGAUGACUGCGGUAUUGCUGGCUUUCUGCAACACGAAAGUGAAAACAGCAGGCUUUGCAUGUCGUUUUUCAGGUUAGCGGCAGAAGAUUUUUGUUUGUCGUCUGUCCAUUUUGCUUUUGUCGUAAAUAUGGAGGUACAACAUUUCUGAUCCUGUACAGCAUCAAUUGGUGGAAAGCUGUGCAAGUUACGAGUUUAUGGUAUGGUUUUGGGAGUAAGGAAAAUUAACGUUUUUUUUUUUUUUUUUU